UUUACAUCUGUGAUAUUACAGGUGGUUGAUGGAGUUCACAUGAUAUUUUUCCCAAAACAUAAUCCUGAUGCUUUAAUGAGUGCUUUCUCACUUAUGAUUUCAAAUGGGAAACUUUCUAAAUUUGCUCGAACGGUUGCCUCUUCGGGAAGGCUGCUUGCUACGAACUUGCUGGCAUCAGAAUGCAUAACCGGUUAUGCAAGGCUUUUGGAGAAUGUGCUAAAUUUUCCAUCAGAUGCUCUGCUGCCAGGGCCAAUCUCUCAGCUUCAACAGGGUACAUGGGAGUGGAAUUUGUUAGGGAAUGAAAUCGAUUACAGAACAGGAAAUGUUAUGGACAUUGAUGAGCAGUCAUCCUGGAAAAACACUGGUGUUGUUAAUGCCCUAGAAGAAGACUUGCUGGGUUUUGGUUACUCACCAAACAUCUCUGAAAAUGUAACUUGGGAUUCGGCAUUAGAUAUUCCAACUCAAUUAGAUUGGGAUCUCUUCAAGGAAAUUGUAAGCUCGGAAGAAUAUGAGACAUUAGAAAUGGAGGAGCUAUCAGAAAGAAUGGAGAAAGAUCCUGGUUUAUGGGAUGACAUAUAUCGUAAUGCUCGAAAAGCUGAAAAGCUUAGAUUUGAAGCAAAUGAGAGGGAUGAGGGUGAACUUGAGAGGACAGGCCAGACAGUAUGCAUUUAUGAGAUAUACAGUGGGUCUGGGACCUGGCCGUUCUUGCACCAUGGCUCUCUGUACCGUGGAUUAAGCCUUUCAAAAAGAACACAGAGGUCAACAUCAGAUGAUGUGGAUGCUGUUGACCGGCUUCCCGUAUUGAAUGAAACUUACUAUCGCAAUAUUCUCUGUGAGAUUGGUGGAAUGUUCGCUAUUGCAAACAAGGUGGAUAGCGUUCAUAAGCGACCUUGGAUUGGGUUUCAAUCUUGGCGUGCUGCUGGUAGUAAGGUUGCUUUGUCCAAGAAAGCUGAAAGGGUUUUGGAAGAAGCAAUACAAGACAACACAAAAGGUGAUGUGAUAUACUUUUGGGGACGCUUGAACAUGAAUGGUGGAGUGACAGGAAGUAAAGAUGCACUCACGUUUUGGUCUGCAUGCGACAUCUUAAAUGAGGGACACUGCAGAAACGUUUUUGAAGAUGCAUUUCGUUGGAUGUAUAACUUGCCCUCAAAUACAGAAGCUCUCCCUCCCAUGCCAGAAGAUGGUGGUCACUGGUCUGCCUUGCAUAGUUGGGUGAUGCCAACUCGUUCCUUCGUUGAGUUUGUCAUGUUUUCUCGGAUGUUUGUUGAUUCUCUGGAUGCCUUACACGCCAAUUCUGGCAAUAGAAGUAUUUGUUUGUUGGGUUCUUCAGAACUUGAGAAAAAGCAUUGUUACUGUCGGGUAUUAGAAGUCCUUGUGAAUGUCUGGGCUUAUCAUAGUGGACGAAAGAUGGUUUUUAUAGAUCCAAUUUCUGGUGCACUGGAAGAGCAGCACCCGGUUGAGCUACGGAAAGGAUUUAUGUGGGCUAAGUAUUUUGAUAGUGCAUUGCUAAAGAGUAUGGAUGAAGAUUUAGCAGAAGCUGCAGAUGACGGUGAUCAUCCAAGGGAGAUGAGGUUAUGGCCACUCACCGGGGAAGUGCAUUGGCAAGGAAUUUAUGAGAGGGAGAGGGAAGAGAGAUAUAGACUAAAGAUGGACAAGAAAAGGAAAACAAAAGAAAAGUUAUUUGAAAGAAUGAGGCAUGGAUACAGACAGAAGUCACUUGGAGGAUAGAAAGGUUAUACUUGUAGUUGAAAUGGUCUAGUUUCCGUCACACUCGAAUUGUGAUACAGCUACUGAACACGCUAUUUCUCAACUGUGGAGUGCGAAAAGGACUCUCGACGAUUGAGGAUAAGAUUUAUUCUUUCUAACAGCGACAGCAUGGUCUGGCAAGACGGAUUUUGUAGGUAUUUUUCUCCGACAGGAUAUAGAUAUUCAAAGUGGAUGGAAGACGGUAGCUUUUCCAGCGAUGGCAGCUCACUUAGCAUGUGGGGCAUGUACCGUCGCAUUUGAAGUGGCAGAGAGAUGUCAGGUUUUUGAGCAGUACACACAACAUUCGUUGAAAUUCUUUUUCACAAAUUGACAGCAUCAUGUAUUCUUUUGGCAGUGCUGAUAGGAAAUUUUGAUUAAAAUAAAAAGCAGUUGUUGGCA